AUGGCGCACCCUACCCCCAACAUCGAUCCAGCAAUCUUCACCACGCUCCAAACCAAGAUCGACGAAGAAUCCUCCAUCCGCGACAGCCUACGCACCUUUACCGACUCCCUCGGCCGACAAUCCCGUCUCGUCACCUCCCACCUCUCCCGCAUCCACAACGUCCCCUCCGCCGCGCUGCGAACACAGAUUCUCGACCCGGUGACCCCCCUCCUGCAGCAACAAGCGCAGACCGUGCAGGAACUCGCCCGCACGGCCUCCCAAUACCCCUUCUACAAGUACAACGGCCUGUGGGCGCGCGAGGUGCAGACGGUGGUGCAGUCGCUGCAGCUGCACGAGUGGCUGCUGUCCAACACGCUAAUGUCCCUCGAGGACGUUGGCAAGUUCUUGGGCGUCGCGGUCAACGUCAAGGACGAGGACGUGUUUCACGUCACGAUCGAGGAUUACCUGCUUGCGCUGACGGGUACGGUGGAGGAGCUGAGCCGGCUGGCGCCCAAUAGUGUCACACUGGGAGAUCUGGGAAGGCCGCUGCAGGUGGGGAGGUUUGUCAAAGAGGUGCACGCGGGCUUUCAGCUGCUGAAUUUGAAGAAUGACAAUCUGCGCAGGAGGGCCGAUGGCGUCAAGUACAGUGUCAAGCGGUGUGAGGAUGUGGUGUAUGAUCUGAGCUUGAGGGGCUUGGUGCCGAAGGAUGACGAGGGAGGUGAGGACGUGCAGAGUGGAGGUGCCAUGAAGUUAUGA